ACCACUAAUCUAGCGAUCAUCAUUGUUCAAGUGACUUUUUAUGUAUUUUGCAAUAUAUGCUAUCAGCAGAGUUAUGGAGGAAAUAUAGGAUUACUUUAUAACCUAUGUCUAUCUUAAUCCAGAGUAUAUAAGUAUUUAGGGCUUUUUGAAUUUUCUCAUUUGUUUUAUUUCAAGAUUUGUGUUUCUUUCUAUAGUUAAAGUACUUACAGGGAUGAUUCAAUAUAGUUGCAGGUAAUCAAUUAGAAGCUUAAUGGCUAUGUAAGAAUAGAUGGUUGUUAUUCAGAAAACAUAUGCUGGACAAAGAGUGACAUGUUGGUGGCAAAUGGUAGUUGAUAGACUAUGUUGUAUUCAUGAUAGCUCUAAGAGGAUGACCAGGAUUUCCCCCCAACACAACAAGCCUUGCAAAGAUUAUCAACAAUACAGAUAUGGUGCCAACUUUAUGUUGUUUUUUGUAUUUAUUUUGCAGUUUACUGAUGUUGGAUACAAAGUACUUCUGAAAAGAAUAGCCAGUAACACUGAGAAAGAUAUUCUCCAAGGAAUUACAGGUUCAGCUAGGCCUGGAGAACUCUUGGCCGUAAUGGGGCCUUCAGCCAGUGGGAAAACUACUCUUCUCAGCCUCCUUGGUGGAAGAACUACUGCUAAUAUCGUUCAAGGAUCUAUCACAUAUAAUGAUGAACCAUAUUCCAAGUCCCUAAAGGGCAGGAUUGGGUUCGUCACCCAGGAUGAUGUUCUAUUUGCACAUCUCACCGUGAGAGAAACAUUAACUUAUGCCGCUUUGCUUAGACUUCCGAGGACAAUGAGUAGACAGAAGAAGGAAGAAAGGGUCGUGAAUGUUAUCACUGAGCUGGGGCUUCAGAGGUGCCAAGAUACCAUCGUUGGUGGAUCCUUCAUUAGAGGAGUUUCAGGUGGCGAGAGGAAAAGAGUUUGCAUUGGGAAUGAGAUCCUUGUUAAUCCAUCCUUGCUGUUCCUGGAUGAGCCGACAUCUGGUCUUGAUUCGACAACAACACUGAGAGUUGUUCAAGUAUUGACUGAGAUAGCUGAGUCUGGCAAAACCGUCGUGACGACAAUUCAUCAACCAUCCAUUAGACUCUUUCACAGAUUUGACAAGCUGAUUCUGCUUGGAAAGGGUAGUUUGUUCUACUUUGGGAGGGCAUCAAAAGCCAUGUCCUACUUCUCAUCGACUGGAUUCUCUCCUCUGAUAGCGAUGAACCCAGCAGAGUUUUUAGUAGAUCUUGCAAAUGGCAACACCAAUGAUGUCACAGUACCAACAGGAUUGGAGGACAAACUGCAAUCUAAAGAAUCAGGAAGGCACACAACAAGAGGCAAGCUAUCUGCAGAAGAUGUGCAUGAGUAUCUGGUGGCCGCUUAUGAGACAAAAUUUGCCGAGAAGAAGAAGAUUCUGACUCCGCUUCUGAGAAACAGAGACUUAAAAUCAAUUGAGUUUUACAAAUCAAGAAUUUAAAAUCAUUGGGAUAAGUGACAAGCCUUGUAAAGAUGAAAUGUGAGUCUUUCCGAGUUGUAUUGUUUUAUUAUUUGUCAGUAUUUUACAAUCAAUUGGUUUAUAAGAAUAUUUGAAUUUUUGAAUCAUAUGUAAUGAAGUAUUGUUUUAAGAACUAGGAGAAGUUAUUUUUAUAUAAAUGGAGGCACUAGUGGCGGGCAUCUCCGGCAUCCAAGAAUUUUAUUUCUUAUGAGCUAUCACUGAGAGAUUUGGUGGAAACUCCAAGGAUAGUGAAGAAGGUGGAGGAAGCUGCAGAGAUGAGGCAGGAAGGGGCCAAGAAUAAGGCAGAGAAGGCAACGGAUAGAAGCAAAGGAGGCUUGUUCCUCAAAACCUCUGUGCCAGUUUUAGAUGGAGGGAAGACGAAGAGCUCGAGGUCUAAUUCUUUUGCAAAGGUGUCUCCAAAGCUAGAAGCAGAGAAGGGGCUGCAAGAGUUGCAAGAUAGGGGAGGAAGCAGAAUCAAAAGCAAUUCUGAAACAAGUAGCAGAAGCAGUAGCAGGUAAAUUUCUUCAGACAAAAAAUCUCAUGAGCGUGUGUUGUUCGAAUGUAUUAUUUUGAUGUUUCAGGAAGAUGAGAGGCUACUGCUGUGGCUUCUUAGCUACAAACAAGAGCAAGUCCAAGGAAACAUCAAAGGAAGUCGAUUAAUGAAUCCUCUGUUAGAUGAGGUUUGCUAAUAGUGUAGUUAUCUCAUCAAGGACACGAAUGGUUAGAUUCUGGAGAGCUUGAGAAGUUGGAAAAAUGGCUGUGAUGAGAUAUGUGAUGAAGUAAUCACAAGGAACUUAUUUGUUCCUUAGUUGAAGAUUAUGAUGAGACUUGUUCAUUAGUUA